UUUUUUUUUGUAAAAUUUUGGUUUCUUCUGAUUUAUGUUGAUUUUUGACGAACCAUAAAAGUGCUGUUUAGCCAGGGAUAGCUUAUAAUUUUUUUUUCCUACAACUGUUUAUUUUGGUAGAUACUUUAAGUCAUCCAGUUAUAAUAAGAAUCUUUUCAAAAACAAUGGCAAAGGGAUUGGAUCCCAACAUGGACUUUCCCUUCUGUCAAGAUGUUUUAAAAUAUGAAAGAAUAACCAAAAUUGGACAAGGAACUUUUGGUGAGGUGUUUAAAGCAAGAGAUAGAAAAACUGAUCGUCUUGUUGCACUGAAGAAAGUAAUCAUGGAGAAUGAAAAGGAAGGGUUUCCCAUCACUGCGUUACGUGAAAUAAAGAUUCUUCAACUUCUUAAACACGAGAAUGUGGUUGACCUUAUCGAAAUAUGUCGCACUAAACCUACACAAUAUAACAGAUCAAAAGGAUCCAUCUACCUAGUAUUUGAAUUCUGUGCUCAUGACUUGGCUGGUUUGCUGAGUAAUGCUACGGUGAAAUUUACACUGGGGGAAAUUAAAAAGACAAUGCUCCAAUUAUUGGAGGGAUUAUUUUACAUUCAUCGAAACAAGAUACUUCAUCGAGACAUGAAAGCUGCCAAUAUUCUUAUCACCAAAAAUGGAGUUCUUAAGUUGGCUGACUUUGGGUUAGCCAGGGCUUUUAGUUACACGAAAACUGGUCAGGCAAAUCGUUAUACGAAUCGUGUCGUAACGUUAUGGUAUCGACCACCGGAGCUGUUGCUAGGCGACCGUGAUUAUGGGCCACCCAUAGACUUAUGGGGGGCAGGUUGUAUUAUGACAGAAAUGUGGACUAGGAGUCCAAUUAUGCAGGGACACACAGAGCAGCAGCAGUUAACUUUAAUCAGUCAACUUUGUGGUUCUAUCACCAAGCAAGUGUGGCCUGGAGUAGAAAAAUAUGAUUUAUUCACUAAGAUGGAACUUCCUACUGGUCAAAAACGAAGAGUGAAAGAAAGAUUGAAGGCCUAUGUACGAGACCAGUACGCGCUCGAUUUAAUUGAUAAAUUAUUAAGUUUAGACCCGAAACAUCGAAUCGAUUCUGACGAAGCACUCAAUCAUGAUUUCUUUUGGACCGAACCUCUCCCAUGCGACCUUACCAAUAUGUUGUCUCAACACAAAACAUCCAUGUUUGAAUAUCUUGCCCCGCCAAGAAAACCAACUACAUCAGCCGCUCACCCACACUACAGGAACCCUCCUGCCCAAGCCGCUCGACAGCAACCAACAGACCCAGCUUACGAUCGAAUUUUUUAAUUUUAUUUUGCUUUAUUGAUUUUUUAAUUUGUUAUUUUCGGGAGAAAUUUUUUCUUGUAACAGUCAUUAUCAUUUGUUAUGUGUUGGUGAAAUUAAACAAUUUUUUUAUUUCACCGACACUGACUCAAAUGAUGGGCAAUAAACAUGGUAAACUUGCAUUGAGUUGUUAAUGUUGAAUUAAAACAAACCAGAAACU